AUCUUCGAAGACACUUUCUGCUCGGAAUUUUACUUAAAUUACUUAACAGCGUCAUUCACAAAGAACGUCCGCCAUGGCUCAUGAGCAUCCCUAAGUUGGGGCUAUUCAUUCAUCAGUUUGUAACAAACAGCGCAGUAUAAACACAUUCACACAGGUGAAACUCGAAACCAUCACUAAUCUAAACACACUAUCAUUCAAUUCAUUGCUGUUUUCGCUAUGCGGAUGGUGGCGGACGGAACAAGUGCGAGGACACUGACGACGGGCUGUUACAUCUAUACUUUUACUCCUGCGUUCAGACGAUUCAGACGACGACAUUAGCGAAGACGAGUGAGAGUGAAAAGUGACCCCUUCUAUGCGUUUCUCAAUGCGCCACGGAACUGCCAUAUAGUGGAGUGAAAAAAUUGCUGUGUGGUGACUUCAUUCGGUUCGAAAUAGGAGAUAAUAGUUUCUUCCACCGUGUGCCACGUUUACUGUGUCCCGGUUUGCCUGUGACCUGUGCGAACGGAAACGGUUCCAAAGGUGGUCCACGAUGAAUGAUACUGCGGUUAUUCUGCGCUAUCUUUACCUCGGCACCGAUCAACCAUUCUAUAUUCACAAAAAUCGAGCCCUCGAUGUUAAGGAAGGAUGUCGCAUCCUGGCCCCCAUACGGACCCUGGUGGAGGCAACUGCCGCCACGGAAGAGGACCCACCGGUCGCGCGAAAAGUGGCCAACAGUGUGACGCUAACGGAACCUCCGGUAGACAUGAUUGUUCGGGUCAUGAAAAGUGGUUCGCUGGUGCGAAAUGACGAAUGUUUGUUUGCUCUCGCUUUCUUGGCUCGGACUUUUACUGACAAAGAAGAGAAACAUAAGGUUUACGAAGUUGUGCCACAGGUCAUAGGCUGCAGUGAGGACCUAUUUCAGUUUGUGAAUUUCUACAAAGAGCUGGCACCCGAUGCGGGUGGUAAAGGACUUGGAAAUGGUAUGAGAACGGCCCUCACCAAGUGGUACGAUAAACAUAGUGCGCUAGAAUUGGCCGAAUUGCUUGCCAUUGAUCGUGGCUUUUAUGGUUGGUGUCACAAGGACAUCCUACUUAUGAUACACAUUAAUUUGAAGGAUGAUGCAAAAAUGCAAGUGCUAGACUGCGCUCUAGGUGGACCAGGAAAAAGACGCAAGUCCAAGUCAAAGAAGCCAAAACAGGAAAAUGGGUCGGAGGAGAAUGAUUCGGGGGUUCAGACUACCGAAAAACUUCCGAAGGUAGAGGAAGGCGAUGAUUCAGAAGAGGAGAGCGAGGCCUUGCAAGUCUAUCGUCGAAUGAAGAAGUUUAAAUCUAUUCAAACUUCUGCCCUGGCUUGUGGUCCAAUCAAACAAUAUCGAUACCCGAAGCAGUUGGUUCCAUCACAGCUGCACCGGUCCUCAGCGGUAUGGGAAAGUCUUCUGCCCCAUAUGGUUUAUCGGGACGUCGUUCAGUCAGCCCUCGUGCUGCAGGAUUACAAACUGCUUAAAGAUAACGAUACCCCACUUUCGAUUGCCUAUGGAAAUGUUCUUAACCGUAUGACAUCCGUUACCGAAUCGAAGCUUCAUCCGAUAUUCAUCUAUCAGACGAUGCGCUUGUUUGAGGAACGCCAACGCUAUCUUAACGUCGUGAAGGAGGCUGUCCACACCACUAACAAUUUGGCGCUGAAGAAUGCAACGGCCAACCCGGCGGUCCUGAGACAGUUCAACAGUGCUCUAAAUCAUUCGAUGCUAAACUAUCAGCGCACCGGACUUAACUUCCUCGUGACGCUGGAUUUGAGAUCCAAGCAGACAAAGAAACGCAUAUUUGGUAACCGCUUGAUGUCCUGUCAAGCAGCAUUCAUUCUGCUCACGCUGCCUAUGUUCAAACGGGAACCGCACAUGAAGGUACUGACCUUCACCGAAGCUCCGCACGUGCUGGCCGACGUUGAUUUCACCCGGGAGAUGACGUUCUUCCAGGCCUGUGACCACAUCCAAGCGAAAGCAAACAAGAAAACCAAGGUCGAUAUCACCCAGCCGAUUCAGUACGCUCGACAGAACAAGAAGAAGGUGGAUGUCUUCAUAACCAUCGUCGAUUCGUUGAUCCGCGUCAAUCCUAACCGUCACUCGCCGGUGGUCGCCCUGAACAGUUACAACAAGGAAACGAAGAAAAAUGCAGUUUAUAUUAUUAUAAGUCUCAGCCGCCACCAACAGGAUUUGGAUCACGUCGACAUGGCUUCCACCAAAGGAGUGCUAGAACUGGUCGGAUGCACUGAGGACAUACCGAAGCUGAUCGACGCGUAUGUAAAGCGGUCCUUCACGUAAGUCGUCGUUAUUAUAACUUUUUUCAUCGACGGAGUUGGAUUUCGGUUUUAGAGGAAAAGGUAAUUUAGUAACGGAGUGUUAGUAUCGUAGACAUGUAAUCUGUAUUGGACUGCAACUAUAUGUUCAGCGUGCGUAAUAUUUAAAAACGGGGUAGACACAAGAGACAAGUAAGCUUGACGUUUUCCCUUGCGUUAAGCACACAAGUAGUAUCAUAUGUUAUAGUUUUAAUCCGUUUCAAAAAUUAAUUUAAUUUAAUUUAAAUCGAAAAACAUUUGCUUUUCGAUAAAACUGUCUUGUGGCUGUGGAUGAAAACAAUUCUAAUAUUUGUUUACUUUGUGCUUUCGCAACUCACAACAAAUUAAUAUGAGCGCUAAGUAAUUUUACGUACUGGAAAGGGUGAUGCCUUGUUCUAGAUAAACAAAAGCCCUGCUAUCGGUUAUUGCACAUCCUACAAUACCACAAAGAGAAACUCUCAACUGCUUAGCUAGCCCUGGAAUGGGCUUUUGGUUUUUUCCUAUCAUUAAACUUAGGAAGUUCACAAAGUCAGUGUCAUGUAGCUUCGAAUUUCUAGUAUUAAUUUCUUUUCAUUCGAAACAAACAGCCAAAAUCGAACGAAUAACACGAACGAUAACACUACACUGCUGAGGGAGAUUUUUUGUAUUCUUAGAAAUGCUAAAGUACUACAGAGAAGCAAAAGAAAGAAGAAGAAAAACAAACAAGUAAACGCAAAACUGUGAGAUUUAAUUUAUAUUAUGUGAUUCUAAAUCACUGCAAAAGCAAUAGUGUGAUAUUUUAGUGAAGAGAAAUUUUCACAACCCUAACCAAGCAAUCCUGAACGAAUCAAAUACACUUUCACAUCUAUUAACCGUUAAGAGUAUGUUAGUAAAUUUCGCCCUCGCCCCUGCACACACCGUAAUCGCGAAGUCUGAAUCCAAAGAGUACAGCAACAAUCCUUGACACUAAAUCUUAACUAACGCCCAUAGCUACGACCGAAAAAAGUACAUAAGAUUACAUUAGACGGUUCAAAUUUAAUAGAAUAGAGAGAAAAAACUAAACGAAACUAUUGUUAUACAUUGAGGAAAGCUAGAUAGAUUCAUAUAUUUUUUGUUAGUUCCAUCGAAUUUACCGAAUUUUUCGUUUCCACCAGCGGCAUCUCCUUCAGUUGGUGUUUGAAUCUGGGAUAAUUGGAGCCGGGGGGGUAUAAAACAAUGUUCAUCUCAAUAACACUUAACAUUAUUACAUUUUAGAUCUAGAUUAGGGUGAAAGUAUAGUAACACAUACACUCAUAAGCAUAUAUUCCUAGGUCUGUAGAGAGACAUAAGUUAGCUUUUAGGUGUAAUACCCCCAACACACAUUUUUAAUACAUAAAACAAUUCUCGUUAGAGAGUGUUAGCGCUUAGAAAUAUUUGAGUAUAUAGAGAGAUAAACUUUGUCGGAGCUAGAAUUAGGGUGAAGAGAAGGGCGUGUCCGGUAUGAUAAAACAAUAUAUAUUGCAUUAGUUACUAACAUGCUUAUAUCAUAGCCAGUUUGUUCAUUGCUAACUUUUAUAUGCAUGUAAAGAGAGGCGUUUUGGUACAAAUGAGUAAUAGUUGCCUGUCACCGAUAUGAUUUGAUACGUACAAAAAAACUGGCCGUUUUGUACUUAAUGUUGGGAACCACAUAAAACCUGUUUGGUAUUUUUUUUUCCUAUUAGUAAGAUAAAUGUUUCAAUUCAUUAGUAAUUAAAAACGAAUACAACACUUUCAUUCAAUUUUAACAAAGUUUCACAGCUGCAAAGGCAACAAAAACAGAAGUACCAAAACCCUCUUAAUCAUAAUAACGUAUAUUAACAUAUAUGUCUAUGUGUCCCUAUGACACAAUAUGAAAAUAUCAAAACUAGUUGUUAAUACGUAUUAUCUAUAUAGAUUACUUUGAAUGCUAGUAUUCUUCUUCUACGAUUUCUUUACGUGACAUACGCUCGGGUCGUCUCCGAGCGUGAAAAAAAACAUAAAAGAUCUUCUAACAUGUACAAACUAAAAAGUACAUUGAAAUCAAUAACUCCUAGCGCUGUGAUUCAAAAGUUAAAAAAAAACAUAAGGCAAAACAAUAGAAAGAAUGAAAAACUGCAACCAAUCUUAGGACUAUUAGUUUCUUAACGUAUCUUGUUUGAUGAAUAAGUUCACUGAACAGAAAAGUUCAUUCAGUUUUCAUUUUAAAUGUUGUAAGACUAUAAAACAAAAAAAAAAACCAAACCAAUCGAAGGAUGUAGAAGAAAACGGAAACCUAUUCGACGCUCAACAGAAAGCAUAAUGCAACUCUACAAGCGAACAAAACUUUUCCCCUUCAUUUCCUACAUUCGAAUAGACUGGAAACGCAAAGUGCUUCUUAUAUCUGGAAUUAGUAGUCAAAUUGGGUUUCGAGCAUCAAACGAAAACGAUAAGACAAAAUCACCGACUGAAAGCAGAAUCUGAAAAGUCAGAAAAGAACUGUUUAGAUUUAAACCAAAUGCUGUAGUGAAAUACCGAGCGAAAUAGUUGAAUUGAGUGACACAAAAUUUAAUGUUAUUGUACACUUUCCACCGAAUAAUCAGUUACUGUCGUGGGCGCAAACGGGCUAUUUGUUUUUUUGUUAGUGUUAUUUUCUACAAAUAAUUCAAUUGUCAGUAACUUUAGAAUCGGAAUCUUAUUUCUGUUGACAAAGUGGGAAGACCCUCGUGAGAAAACAUAAUUUAAAGUUUGAGUUACAUUUUGAAAAUUCGGCAUAAGUAGACGAAUUGUCGGAAAACAUCAAUCAUCCGUUUUAUCUGAUAAGUUAAACUAACAUCUAUAAGUUGAACCGGCAUGCGAGAGGACCAAAACUUGGAGAAUCGCGAGAACAGUCAGUGUUUGAGAUUAUAUCGAAUUUUAUUUCCUAAGGAAAAGUUAUUGAACAAAACAACCUGUCUGUUGAUAGAAAUAUUCACGAUAAUAUUUAACGCAAGAAACAAACGCUUAACUCAAAAGAGGCAAUCUUAGUUACUUAUUUGUAAUAAAAUAUAGUCAAAGUGAGAGACGUACCGAAAUGUAAAGAAAUAUAGUCAAGAAAUUUGGGAUUACUACUGUUCUGCAAAAUUGUUCGUCCUGACAGAUUUAAAGAUGCGUUUAUUGUUGCAAAAAAACUGAAGAACUAACUGAAAAUGUUAACGAACAAGCCUUUUCAAUUCGAAUCACCAGAAGAUGUUCAUUUCUAUUAAAUCAAACCGAAGAUAGUGGAAUGUUUUAUAUAAAAAAAAAUAUAUAAAAAGAGGGACGAACAAUUAUCCGGAACGAUUACCAUCCUCAAUUAGUGUUAAAUUCUCUCAAUUCAAAACGGGUAUUAAUAUGUACGCAAACACAAAAAGUACGACAUCGACUGUUUCGAUUUUCCCGAUUUGUCCUCUCGUGUGACCGCUGCCGAAGUAAGAAAAAACAAAAACCCCUUCUAAACGUUAGCCAAUCGACAUUCUCUGCUGGAAAUAGAUAAUAAUUUUAAACUCAACAGACAACAUUUUAUCGGAGGUAUAAAUUAUAGAAAUUUAAGAAAACAAUACACCAGAAAAGCAAAAUAUAUUUACAUGGAACAUCUUUUAACUGAAUUCGAAAUUGUAAAACAGCAAGCGCGAUCGCUCAAUUCUGUUUGUUCUAGUAUGAUGAUUGAACGUCACGCAAUCCAAGAACUGGGACGCCUCAAACAAAGGUAUUUUUCUUACUAACCAGAAAACGCUUUUAGACUAAAUAGAGUAAAUUUCACAUACGAAACAUAACACACAGAAAAAUCCAUCAACAUAAAAGAAAAACAAUAAUCGAUUGUCUGUCAAACAAACAACAAAAAACUGAUUCAAGUGAUGUAGUUAUGAUUAUUCUUAUACUUCGUUUUUCGACACACCAAAUUCGUAAAAAAGUGCAUCUAUUUUUGCUACGAGCGAAACUUACGAAAAAAAAAAUCACUACUGUUUCGAUAUAUGAAAAAAUAGUCUGAUAAAUUGAAAAAUAUUACUGAGUGGGAAUAAAAACGAAAAAAAUAGUUCUUUAUUCAAACCAAGCGAUUGUGAUCUAAAAUUCCAACAUAUAUUUACACGAAAUAAUGAAUUUCGCAAAAAACAAUAAAAAUGGGCGAAAUUACAAAAAAAAAAUGCUAGCAAAACACUUUGAGUAAAAUUAAGCAAGGUAACGCAUUAGGCUUAGUUUUUUUUUUUUUCGCUCUCAUUGUGAUUCGAUUUUAGUUUUGUACACGAAAAGGAUGCAAUGUUUAUUGUUUCCUCAUCAUACCUUUAUUAUCAUGUUCAUUGAACUAAAACUCUAAAAUUAGUUUACCUAACUAGACUAAAUGCCAAGUCAAAAACAAAAAAGUUCUUAUGAAAUCAAAGCAGAAAAUGCAAAACACACACAUGGAACAAAACUGUUUUUUAAGUCAUUUGUUGUUCUUUUUUUACAUUUGUUAAGCAACUGGUUGAAUCCUAUUAUACAGCGAAGAAAAAUUUAGAUCACAACAAACACGAUUAAUUGCCAUUUUGAGCUGGACGUUCCAAAGACACCUUUAAAACAUAGGCAGGCCUGUUGUAUUUGGGACCCGAACCAAUAAAAUUCGACACUUUUGAUGUUUCACAAUCAG